CCGGGGCCGCGCAGGCGCUGCCACCAACCUGGGGCUGUCAGUGGAGGGCGAGUGCUGGUUCCGAGGGGAGGCGACGUCCUCCGGGGCCAACGGGCCGCACGCCGAAGCGGCCGUGGGAACGACUCAUCCCUUUUCUAGCCCUGGGGCGGCGCUGGGGUCGGGUUCGGGGCCGAUGGGGGCCCCGCCCCCGUCCCCUGGCCUGCCCCCUUCGUGGGCCGCGAUGAUGGCGGCCCUGUACCCGAGCACGGACCUCUCUGGCGUCUCCUCCUCCUCCCUGCCUUCCUCCCCAUCUUCCUCUUCGUCGCCGAACGAAGUGAUGGCGCUGAAGGAUGUGCGGGAGGUGAAGGAGGAGAACACCUUGAAUGAGAAGCUUUUCUUGCUGGCGUGCGACAAGGGUGACUAUUAUAUGGUUAAAAAGAUUUUGGAGGAAAACAGUUCAGGUGACUUGAACAUAAAUUGCGUAGAUGUGCUUGGGAGAAAUGCUGUUACCAUAACUAUUGAAAACGAAAACUUGGAUAUACUGCAGCUUCUUUUGGACUACGGUUGUCAGAAACUAAUGGAACGAAUCCAGAAUCCUGAGUACUCAACUACUAUGGAUGUCGCACCUGUCAUUUUAGCUGCUCAUCGUAACAACUACGAGAUUCUUACAAUGCUGCUAAAACAGGAUGUUUCUCUACCCAAGCCCCAUGCAGUUGGCUGUGAAUGUACACUGUGUUCUGCAAAAAACAAAAAGGACAGCCUCCGACAUUCCAGGUUUCGUCUUGAUAUAUAUCGAUGCUUGGCCAGUCCAGCUCUAAUAAUGUUAACAGAAGAGGAUCCAAUCCUAAGAGCAUUUGAACUUAGUGCUGAUUUAAAAGAACUAAGCCUUGUGGAGGUGGAAUUUAGGAAUGAUUAUGAGGAACUAGCCCGUCAGUGCAAAAUGUUUGCUAAAGAUUUGCUUGCACAAGCCCGGAAUUCACGUGAGUUGGAAGUUAUCCUAAACCAUACUUCUAGUGAUGAACCUCUUGACAAACGGGGACUACUGGAAGAAAGAAUGAAUUUAAGUCGUCUAAAACUUGCAAUCAAAUAUAACCAAAAGGAGUUUGUCUCCCAGUCUAACUGCCAACAGUUCCUGAACACUGUUUGGUUUGGACAGAUGUCAGGUUAUCGACGUAAACCCACCUGUAAGAAGAUAAUGACUGUUUUGACAGUUGGCAUAUUUUGGCCAGUUUUGUCACUGUGUUAUUUGAUAGCUCCCAAAUCUCAAUUUGGCAGAAUCAUUCAUACACCUUUUAUGAAAUUUAUUAUUCAUGGAGCAUCAUAUUUCACAUUCUUGCUGUUAUUGAAUCUGUACUCUCUCGUCUACAAUGAGGAUAAGAAAAACACAAUGGGGCCAGCCCUUGAAAGAAUAGACUAUCUUCUUAUACUGUGGAUUAUUGGGAUGAUUUGGUCUGACAUUAAAAGACUUUGGUAUGAAGGGUUGGAAGACUUUUUAGAAGAAUCUCGUAAUCAACUCAGUUUUGUCAUGAAUUCUCUUUAUUUGGCAACCUUUGCUCUCAAAGUGGUUGCUCACAAUAAGUUUCAUGAUUUUGCUGAUCGGAAGGACUGGGAUGCAUUCCAUCCUACGCUUGUGGCAGAAGGGCUUUUUGCAUUUGCAAAUGUUCUGAGUUAUCUACGGCUCUUUUUUAUGUAUACAACCAGCUCUAUCUUGGGUCCAUUACAGAUUUCAAUGGGACAGAUGUUACAAGAUUUUGGAAAAUUUCUCGGAAUGUUCCUUCUUGUUUUGUUUUCUUUCACAAUUGGACUGACACAGCUCUAUGAUAAAGGCUAUACUCCAAAAGAGCAGAAAGACUGUGUGGGCAUCUUCUGUGAACAGCAAAGCAAUGAUACCUUCCAUUCGUUCAUUGGCACUUGCUUUGCUUUGUUCUGGUAUAUUUUUUCCUUAGCACAUGUGGCAAUCUUUGUCACAAGAUUUAGCUAUGGAGAAGAGUUGCAGUCCUUUGUUGGAGCCGUUAUUGUUGGUACAUACAAUGUCGUAGUUGUGAUUGUGCUUACGAAACUGCUGGUAGCAAUGCUUCAUAAAAGCUUUCAGUUGAUAGCAAAUCAUGAAGACAAAGAAUGGAAAUUUGCUCGAGCAAAGUUGUGGCUUAGCUACUUUGAUGACAAGUGUACAUUACCACCACCUUUCAACAUCAUUCCUUCUCCAAAGACUAUUUGUUAUCUGAUUAGUAGCCUCAGUAAGUGGAUUUGCUCUCAUACAUCAAAAGGCAAGGUCAAACGGCAAAACAGUUUAAAGGAAUGGAGAAAUUUGAAACAAAAGAGAGAUGAAAACUAUCAAAAAGUGAUGUGCUGCUUAGUACAUCGUUACUUGACUUCCAUGAGACAGAAGAUGCAAAGUACAGAUCAGGCAACUGUGGAAAAUCUAAAUGAACUGCGCCAAGAUCUGUCAAAAUUCCGAAAUGAAAUAAGAGAUUUGCUUGGCUUUCGGACUUCUAAAUAUGCUAUGUUUUAUCCAAGAAAUUAACCAUUUUCUAAAUCUUGUAGAGAAUAAUUUUCAAUAAUGAA